AUGGAUGACGUCAAGAAACGUGAAACGACGACGAACGAGGACGAAAGAUGGAGGUUUUGUUGUACGGCCAUCGCGAUGGGUCUUCUCUUAUGCUAUUACAGGUGCCGCAAGGAAGAGGAGCCGACGUCAUCUCCUCGGGGAGAUGAUGUAAAGAAAGGUGAAACGGCGGGAACAAAAGAUGGAGGUCUUGUUGUCAUGUCGUCUUCGGGAAAAAGUAAGACCAAAGGGUGUUGUUGCGGCGGAGGAAAUGGUCGUGGUCCCUUUGCAGGUGGAGGAGGUUGCGGCGGCGGUGGUGGCGGUUGUGGUGGAGGUGGAGGUGGUUGUGGUGGAGGUGGCGGUGGUUAG